AUGAAACCCACCCGAAGCCUUCGCGCACGGCAUCUUCCUCCCGAGCCGCGCCGCGCCUGCCUCGCCGACUGCCGCGCCCGCCUCGCGAACCCACGGCCGCCGCGCCGCGGCCGUCGCGCCCGCCUCGCCGACCCACGCCGUGCCCGCCUGGCCGGCCUCGCCGCGCCGAGCCCGCCGCGCCGGCCGCACCCCCGGUCUGCCCCCGGCCGCCCCCGCCGGUGCCCCCGGCCCUCCCCGCAGGUGCCCCCUGCCGGCCGCCGCGGCCGCUGCCCCGUCCGCCUUGCUGCUGCACAGGAGGCGCGCGAAGCACCGAGGUGA